UCUUCUUCAUCUCAUCGAGUCAUCCAUCUAGCCAUGGCUGCGGUACAUGGGGGCCUUCUCCCCGGCAUUUUCGCCGUGCUGAUGGUAAUAGCCGUCGCAAGCGCUGCCUCCAGUGAGGCGUCCUCGGUGGUUAUCGGCCUCGCCAAAUGCGCCGAUUGCACCAGGAAGAACAUGAAGGCCGAAGCGGCAUUCAAGGGUCUUGAGGUGGCGAUCAAGUGCAGGAACAGCAAAGGCGAGUACGAGAGCAAGGCCAUAGGCAAGCUAGAUGUCUCCGGCGCCUUCAGCAUCCCGCUGAGCACGGACAUGCACGCCGCUGACUGCGUUGCGCAGCUCCACAGCGCCGCGGGCACCCCGUGCCCCGGUCAGGAACCUUCCAGGAUUGUGCCGCAGUCGUCCGAUGGCAACUUCGUCGUGGUCCCUGGCAAGACAGACUACCCGUCGGCAGAAUGCGCGUCGGCAACCCUAUGCGGGCCGAUCAAGAAGCACCUGUUGGACCAUUUCCACAAGAAGCCUGUGCCACCGAAGCCGAAGCCAGAGCCAAAGCCAAAGCCAGAACCUAAGCCGCAGCCGAAGUACCACUCCCCUACGCCAACAUAUCGAUCCCCAACUCCAAUCUACCAUCCUCCAGCAAGGCAGUUGUUCGACAAGAAGCACAUGGUUGAUCACUUCCACAAGGACCACGACUAUCACCACUUCUUGGACCACUUCCACAAGAAGCCAUCUCCGCUGAAGCCGAAGCCAGAACCCAAACCAGAACCAGAACCUAAGCCACACCACUUCUUUGACCACUUCCACAAGAAGCCAGUUCCACCAAAGCCGAAGCCAGAGCCCAAGCCACAGCCAGAAUACCACCCUCCGACUCCAACAUACGGGUCACCCACACCGAUCUACCACCCUCCAGCUAGACAUUUGUUUGACAAGAAGCCCUUGCUCGACCAUUUUCAUAAGGACCACGACUACCACCACUUCUUCGACCACUUCCACAAGAAGCCCGUGCCACCAAAGCCAAAGCCGGAGCCCAAGCCGCAGCCUAAGCCGCAGCCUGAGCCUGAUCACUUUCAUAAAGGCCAUGACUACCACCACUUUUUUUACCACUUCCACAAGAAGCCUGUGCCACCCAAGCCCAAGCCAGAGCCCAAACCUCAACCUGAGCCUGAGUACCACCCACCAACGCCAACAUAUGGGUCACCUACACCAAUCUACCACCCUCCUGCCAGGCACUUGUUCGACAAGAAUCCCUUGCACGAUGACUUCCACAAACACCAUGACUACCACCACAUCUUUGACCACUUCCACAAGAAGCCCGUGCCACCAAAGCCAAAGCCGCAGCCUAAGCCUGAGUACCACCCCCCGACACCCACAUACGGGUCUCCGACUCCGAUCUACCACCCUCCGGUUGUGAAAGAAAUAUCGUUUGACAAGAAGCACUUCCUUGAUCACUUCCACAAGGACCAUGACUAUCACAAGUUCUUUGACCACUUCCACAAGAAACCUGUGCCACCGAAGCCUAAGCCUGAGCCCAAACCAAAGCCUGAGCCUGAGUACCACCCCCCAGCGCCAACGUACGCAUCACCAACUCCCAUCUACCAUCCUCCGGCCAAAAACUGAUCGGUUGAAUCGAGAACAUUGGUCAAUGAUCAACGUUGCUAGCUAUGAGUUGCAUGUGUGGUCUAGCUAGCGUGGUUUGCAGUCCUGUUUUGUUUUUUUUGUUUCUACAGAAUAAAGUACAGCUUCAUUUGGGUGUGUAUACUUAUUUUGUGUAUUGCGAUAGUGUCAUAUAUAUACAUGUAAGAUUCCAGUGAGCCUUGUUUUUAAUAUGCAUUCUAUGAUGUACUUUAUUCCUUUUUAA